AUGGCGGCUAUUUUAUUCUCACUUUAUAAAUGCCACGACAAGGCAGAACAAAUAUUUCUGACAUAUAAGAGUAAUGUUCUCAUAGCUGCCAUAAACAGGGAACGACUUUCAAGUAUGAACUAUUUGGAAAUACAACUGGAUAAAAAACAAAAACAGAUAAAGGAAUACCAAAACAUGAAUGGCAAUCUAGUAAAAACGUUUGAGCAUUUGACUGUAGAAAAAAAAACCGAUGAAACACCAAAAAAUAUUUCCUCGACAUACAUCAAAGAGUUAAAGGAGUAUAAUGAAUUGAGAGAUGCCGGUUUAAGACUGGCUCAAAUAAUAGCCGAUGAAAAACAGUGUAAAAUCAAAGAUGUUUUUGAGGAGAUCGGUUAUUCAAUGAAGGAUUGA